CAAAAAUUAAGGAUGAAGGAUUAAAAACAAAAGAAGAAGAAGAAGGAAAAAGUGGGCUGCAAGGGGUGGCUGAAGAGAACAGAACUCGGGUCAUCUUUGUAUUUCUCAGUCAGGGAAUGGUAGAAAGACAGAGAGAAGAAAGCCUGCAAGAGAAUCCAAGACCCAAACAUGGUAAAGCUUAAGAAACGACGACGAUCCGCAUAGAUUCACCUUCUUUUUACUCCCUAUCUCUCUCUCUCUGCAACACUUUCUCUGCCACACUCAUCUCAAGUAGCCGUACCAUCCACCCACUCUUUCCCACCUCCACCUCCACAACCACCCCCACCAUUCACACAUCCCAAAAAUUCACAGAGAUCUACACACAGAGAGAGUGAUCUGAGACACAAGGCCUGUGAAUCUUUGAUGUUAUAGGUAUUGGUUUUUGGAUGACAGCUGCAUGGAACGUGGGAAAUACAAGUCCAACAUAAUUAUUGCUCAUCCAUAGCUUGUAAAAUCCAAUAUCAAAGACUCACAGAAGAGAGAAACAGAGUGCCUCUGUUCUUCUUGUUCAUGGAGUGGCAGAGAAGAAGACCAAGGUCCAUAAACAACCCAUACCCACCUAUUCUUUACUGUCUCUCCAUCUUCUUCUUCUCAUUUUGUGCGCUGUUCAGCAGCAUCAGCUCCAGCAGACCUACAUGCCAAGGCAGCACGUGUCCUUUGUCUGCAAAGGCUGAUGUACAUUUUCAGGAAUUUGAGAAGAGAAGGGAGGAAGAGAGCAUGGUGUCCAUAGGCAGGAAAGAAACCUCAAUGAGCUUGGCAAUGAGGAUUUUGAGUGGGCCCGGUUCGUCACCUCCACGAUGUACGUCGAAGUGUGGCAAGUGCACGCCGUGCAACCCGGUCCAUGUGCCGGUGCCACCUGGGACCCCGGUGACCACCGAGUAUUAUCCCGAAGCCUGGAGAUGCAAGUGUGGCAACAAGCUGUAUAUGCCAUGAUAUUUAUAUGCUUAAUUUAUUGUGGUUGCAAUGAGAAAUACUCAUGUCAAUUAGCUAGUUUAAUGAAAACUACUAAUGAGAACAGAGAUAUAUGGAGGACUUCGAUUUGUGUAAAGAAUAUUAUAUAUCGACACUAAUCGAGAUCAUGCCUAUGAAA